GACAGAGACACGCUAGUUCUGUUCUGCCUUCACCUGUACCACCGACAAAUUGUUUUAUUUUUUUUCUUGUUUACGUUUAUAGAACGUAGAACAACAUCGUCGAGAUCCAGUCCAAGAUUCGUCUUUUUAUAUUUAUUGAGCUUAUAAGGUUGGAUCCGAACACACUCAAUCUGAACGCUUUUUCUGCUGAUCUGGGUUGUCUGAAAGAUCUUCACUUUGGUUCGGUUACAUCUCACUUCUUGUGAAAAUGGAGACGGAAUCGAAUCUCGUCUUGCGGAAAACGGAGCUUAAGUCAUACAGUCACAAACACUUCCACUCAACCAACGCGUUAGAGAUCCUGAGAGAAUCCGUUCGAAUCCUCCGGUACAAUCUCGGUGCGUUCAUGCUAACCGCCGCCGUUUUGAUCUGCCCCGUCUCCGCUGUCCUCUUACCAAACUUUCUAGUUGAUCACUCGCUGGUGAACAAACUCACGGUGAAGCUCCUCUUAGUAGCCAAGUCGAGCGGUCUCCCUCUCCAGCCUUUCGUGAAACACUCUUGUCAGAAAUUCGCCGAGACCGCUGUUUCGUCCGCGAUGUGUUUCCCUCUGUUCGUCACCGUGUCGCUCUUGUCUAAAGCAGCGGUGGUUUACUCGGUGGACGCUACUUACUCGAGGGAAAAGGUCGAGAUAAACAAGUUCUUGGCAGCUUUGAAGAAGCUUUGGAAGCGAGUUGUGUACACUUACCUGUGGGUUUGCAUUCUGAUCGUUGGCUGCUUCACUUUCUUCUGCGUUCUCCUCGUAUCAAUCUGCAGCUCCUUCUCUGUCCUCGGCUUCUCUCCUGAUUUCAAUGUCUACGGAGCCAUCUUAGUCGGUUUAGCGUUCUCCAUCGUUUUCGCCAACGCUAUCAUAGUGUGCAACACGGCGGUGGUGAUCUCGGUUCUUGAAGAUGUUUCAGGGGCGGGAGCGUUGGUGAGAGCUAGUGAUCUGAUCAAAGGGCAGGUUCAGGUGGGGCUGUUGAUAUUCUUGGGGUCGACUUUGGGGUUGGCGUUCGUGGAAGGGCUGUUUGAUCACAGAGUGAAGAAGGUGAGUUAUGGAGAUGGGUCUUCGAGGCUAUGGGAAGGACCUCUGCUCGUGGUGAUGUAUUCCUUUGUGACGCUUAUAGAUUCGAUGAUGAGUGCGGUGUUCUAUUUCAGCUGCAGAGUUUAUUAUAGUAUGGAAGCUUCUUCUGUAGGCGAAACUCAUCCAAUAAUGAUGGAUACUGUUGAGGUUGUGGAUACUUAGCAAUGGUUUUGGAUCAGACUCAGAAGCGUAUUAAUUGAAGAUGUAUAUCAAUGAUGUGUUACAAAAGAUAUACAUCACUAAUAAUAUGCUGUGAAACUUUUGUUUGGCAAGAUUUGUUGGAUUCAA